ACCGGAAAGCUGGGGGAGGCGCUCCGGGCUGCUGAGGGCUGAGGGCGGUGGCAGCGCUGGCGCUGGGGACUGGCUUGGUGGCUUCGGGAAACUGCUCGGCGACGGCGGCCGUUCGCGUCCCUCCGCAUCCCGCCCUCAGCACGGCUCGCAGCCCCUUCGCCACUGGCGUCCGGCAAUGUGUCCCACCGGCAGGGCGUAGCAGCUGCGCGUGCGCGGAACCGCGGGGCCAUGAGCGAAGCCGGCGGCGGCCGGGGCUCUGGGUCCUCGGUCCCCCAGCGAGCGCCAUGGAGCCUGGUGGCGGCGACGGCCGCGCUGUGCCUGGUGUCGGCCACGUCCGUGUGGCCGGCGGGGGCCGCGCCCAUGAGUCGCGAGGAGAAGCAGAAGCUUGGGAAUCAAGUACUGGAAAUGUUUGAUCAUGCUUAUGGUAACUAUAUGGAACAUGCUUACCCAGCAGAUGAACUCAUGCCUUUGACCUGCAGAGGUCGGGUUAGAGGCCAGGAGCCAAGUCGGGGUGAUGUUGAUGAUGCCUUGGGAAAAUUUUCCCUGACACUGAUUGAUUCUUUGGAUACUCUUGUGGUAUUAAAUAAAACUAAAGAAUUUGAAGAUGCAGUGAGAAAAGUUUUAAGAGAUGUUAACUUGGAUAAUGAUGUAGUUGUAUCAGUCUUUGAAACAAACAUCAGAGUUCUUGGGGGUCUUUUGGGUGGACACUCGCUGGCAAUCAUGCUGAAAGAAAAAGGCGAGUACAUGCAGUGGUACAAUGAUGAGCUUCUCCAAAUGGCAAAGCAAUUGGGCUACAAACUUUUACCAGCUUUCAAUACUACCAGUGGCCUUCCUUAUCCAAGAAUCAAUUUGAAGUUUGGUAUCAGAAAACCAGAAGCUCGGACAGGUACUGAGACUGAUACCUGUACAGCUUGUGCAGGCACCUUGAUCCUUGAGUUUGCUGCUCUAAGUCGAUUCACAGGAGCAACGAUAUUUGAGGAAUAUGCAAGAAAAGCUCUUGAUUUUCUCUGGGAGAAAAGACAGAGAAGUAGUAAUUUAGUGGGUGUGACUAUAAAUAUUCAUACUGGAGACUGGGUACGAAAAGAUAGUGGAGUUGGAGCAGGGAUUGAUUCAUAUUAUGAGUACCUGUUGAAAGCCUAUGUCUUGCUUGGAGAUGACAGCUUUCUGGAAAGAUUUAAUACACACUAUGAUGCCAUCAUGAGGUAUAUAAGCCAGCCACCUCUGCUACUUGAUGUGCAUAUCCACAAGCCAAUGCUGAAUGCUCGGACUUGGAUGGAUGCUUUGCUUGCCUUUUUUCCAGGCUUGCAGGUCUUAAAGGGAGAUAUUAGACCUGCUAUUGAAACUCAUGAAAUGUUAUAUCAAGUGAUUAAAAAACACAAUUUUCUACCAGAGGCAUUUACCACAGAUUUCAGGGUACAUUGGGCUCAACAUCCGUUAAGGCCAGAAUUUGCAGAAAGCACCUACUUCUUGUAUAAAGCUACAGGAGAUCCUUACUACCUUGAAGUAGGGAAAACACUUAUUGAAAAUUUAAAUAAAUAUGCUAGAGUGCCUUGCGGAUUUGCUGCCAUGAAGGAUGUUCGUACUGGAAGUCAUGAGGACAGAAUGGAUUCCUUCUUCUUGGCGGAAAUGUUUAAAUAUCUUUACCUGUUAUUCGCGGAUAAAGAAGACAUUAUUUUUGACAUAGAAGAUUACAUUUUUACAACAGAAGCUCAUCUGUUACCUCUUUGGCUCUCUACUACAAAUCAAAGAGUCUCUAAGAAGAACACAACUUCAGAAUAUACAGAACUGGAUGACAGUAACUUUGACUGGACUUGUCCAAACACUCAGAUCCUCUUCCCUAACGAUCCACUAUAUGCUCAGAGCAUCCGUGAACCCUUGAAAAAUGUGGUGGACAAGAGCUGUCCUAGAGGCAUCAUCAGAGUCAGAGAGGAGAGUUUGAGGAGUGGAGCUAAACCCCCUCUGAGAGCCAGAGAUUUCAUGGCCACUAACCCUGAGCAUUUAGAAAUCUUGAAGAAGAUGGGGGUGAGUUUGAUUCACCUCAAAGAUGGGAGAGUCCAGUUGGUUCAACAUGCAAUCCAAGCUGCUAGUUCGAUUGAUGCGGAAGAUGGGUUGAGGUUUAUGCAGGAGAUGAUUGAAUUGUCAAGUCAGCAACAAAAAGAACAGCAGCUCCCUCCACGAGCUGUACAAAUUGUUUCCCACCCGUUUUUUGGCCGGGUAGUAUUAACUGCUGGUCCAGCACAGUUUGGGCCAGACCUGUCUAAACAUAAAGAGACAAGAGGAUUUGUUGCAAGCAGUAAACCAUACAAUGGCUGUUCAGAACUUACUAACCCUGAAGCAGUGAUGGGGAAAAUUGCUUUGAUACAAAGAGGGCAGUGCAUGUUUGCAGAAAAGGCACGCAACAUACAGAAUGCUGGCGCCAUUGGUGGCAUUGUUAUUGAUGACAAUGAGGGGAGCAGCAGUGAUACUGCCCCUCUGUUCCAGAUGGCGGGGGAUGGGAAGGACACAGAUGACAUUAAGAUCCCCAUGCUGUUUUUAUUCAGUAAAGAAGGAAGUAUCAUACUGGACGCCAUCCGGGAGUAUGAGGAGGUGGAAGUGCUCCUUUCUGACAAAGCAAAAGAUCGAGCAGCAAUAUUAAAAGGUAAAAUGAUUCCAAGCUACAUUAUUAAUAGUAAUCCUGAGAUGGAAAGUGAAGAACAACCAUCCUCCGAAAAUGACUCUCAGAGUGCUGAGCAGAUUGCAUCAAGGUCUCAGGAGAUUGAUCUGGUUGAUCAAGAGUCUCCUGAGGAAAGUUCUGUGAACUCUCAUCCAGAAUCUUUAUCUCCAGUAGAUACAGACAGUGCUGCAAGCGUUUCUUCUUCUGAACAGGAUUCUAACCCCGUGGAAAACCUCGAGACUACAAGUCUUGAUGGUGAAUGUACAGAUUUAGAUAACCAGCUUCAAGAACAGUCAGAAACUGAGGAGGAUUCCAACCCUAAUGUUAGCUGGGGUCAAAAGGCCCAGCCUAUAGACUCCAUAUUAGCAGACUGGAAUGAAGACAUAGAAGCAUUUGAAAUGAUGGAUAAGGAUGAGCUCUGACUCACAAAAGUCUACCUGGUGGUAGGUAUUUCAAAAGAAAAGGUAAACUGUGGUUAAUAGACGCCCUGAUACUAAGCAGGCUCUCUUCAUGGGAGGCUUUAAGUAUGGUGAUGAGCAACCACGUUCUGACUGGGAGAGUUAGUUAUCAUAGGAAUCUGGAACAUGCUGUGUUAGAACUGACCUUGUUUAAAACUGUCCCAUCAAAAAAUGCAAACUCACAGUCCUCCCCCACCCCCCAGGUGACAGGAUUGUACCAUCGUGCUGCACACCUUGGGCCAGGAAAAGAUUACUGGGCAUUCCUUGGAACCAGAUUUCUGCAGUCUCUGGAUAGUAGCUAAGAAACAUAUCCAGUUAACUAUGAGGUGGGGAAUACAGAUUUGUACAGCUUUCUAAUUAAAGGAAGCUCUCUGUUUUCUUGGUUUGGGGGUUAGAGGUUCUUUGGGGGAAAUGCAUAGGAGUUUUGUGGGCAUUCUGGUUAUGCUGCCUUCACGGAAACACUCAAAGUGACCUAAGUGGUUGUGAAGCAAAUGCAUUCAUAGUGAAAACAGUCUUUGCUCAUCAUUUUCACUUGCUUCAUUGUGUAACAUGAUCAAGAUGACUUGAUUUUUUUUCCCUCUUAAUGGUGUCCUUUUCAUUUAAACCAAAGCUGAAGCCAGUGUACUUUCUCAGUGAGUUCUUUGCGUAAAGACUAAUCAUUGGGACCAGGUAAAAAGGUCAUAUAAUGUGGAAGUUGGUUACUUAAUACUCUUGAAAAAUGGAGCAAGGGAGAAACUAUAAUGUUGCAAUAUGAACUUGCCAUUGGGCCUUCCAUAAGGAAAGCUGUGACUACUCUGAAAUGGAACUUAAGGUUAUAUCUUUGUAGGGUAAAUUAUAAAUCUUUUCCAGUUCAUUUCUUUGGAGGUGAUUACCUCUAGCCAUCAGCCUUACUCCAUCCCAUGUGUAGUAUGCAUUUUGAGCCACAAGACCUGUGUUGCCAAUAGCUGAAUACAUUUUGUUCCAUUUUUCUGUCUUAGCCAUGAUAAAACUGUGGUAGUGAUCUAAAAAUUCUGGAGUAACUACUAUUUUUUCCUCCUUUGAAACUAUAUUUGCUAAAGUUGCACCUGAGGAAUCUGUCACAUUUUCUGUUGAAUCAUGGUUUUUAAGUUUUGUUUUGUUUUGUAAUGAGUAUUCCUUCCAAUAUGGACUUGAAAAUUAGUCUAUGGUAACCUGUGUAAAAAACACAGUAGCAACUAACAUAUAGCCAUAUAGCUUAAUGGAACCUUUUCCCCUAUAUUUUUAUUUUUUGUUGGUUUUUUUUUGGUGUGUGUGUGUGUGUGUGUGUGUGUGGCAGUCUGGUGCUGGCCACAUUUAAGUUUUUAAAAUUUUUUUGUUGAUAUCUGUAGACAGCCCUGUAAUUGAAAUCAUGGCUUUACUCUAUUUAUUUUUUUAAACUUAACGUGAAUCAGUUCUAAAGGAAUAUUUGAGACUUAAUUUUCUUUUUCUUUACCGUGUCAUUAUAUAAUAACUUUUUUUUCUUAAAACACAGUUUUGGAGGUACUGAUGGACUUAAACUGUAUAUGGAGCUGUUAAAAGAACAGCAGUGCUGUAUUGUAGUUAUGUAUAUUCAUGUACAGUAUGUCUUAGAUCCCAGGUAAACAUAUCUUUUAUAAGGGGAUAAAUAGCUGCUUUCAAAAAUUCCAGCUAAAGUUAAUUGGGUCAGUGAGUAAUAAAUCUAAUAGAGAAUUCACUUUGAGGGGGGAAAAAAAAAGAGUAGUAUACAAGACUUUUAUUGGCCCUUAAUUAAACCUGACACCAAAAUGGAUAUUUUUAGUCUCUCUGCAUGUGAAAUUUGGUGUAAGAAGAUAGAACUAUAAUACAUAGAGUAUAUGGAAGGAUAGACAUAGUGCUUUGUUCAUUUUGAUUGCAAAGCUGCCAAAAUAGCUGAAGCAUAAUUACUUGACUUGCCUUGAUUUAUAGGACUGGGGCUUGGAGAAAAGGAGCAGAUGUUCCUUUAAGACUUGGAUUACAGAAGUCUUAUAUACGUUGAUUUGGGUUUCUUUUUGUAGCUCAAAGCCAUUGUUUUUUAAAUCCAGCUUUUCUAAUUUAUCAAAACAACAUAAUUUUAUUUCCAGCAGAGAUCUUGUGGCAUACACAGAAAAGCCAGCUUACUGCCACUUAACCUUUCUUUGGCCAUUAGAGGGAGUUGUUGCCAUUCAUUGAGGUCUAGAAGCAACUUGGAGAAGGAAAUGGCAACCCACUCCAGUAUUCUUGCCUGGAGAAUCCCAUGGACAGAGGAGCCUGGCAGGCUACAGUGCACGGGGUCACAAGAGUCAGACACAACUUAGUGACUAAACCACCAGCUUGUUUAGAAAAAUAAAUACUUAAAGAAAAAAAAUUUAACUAUAAAAUUAACAAACUAUAAAGAUUAAUAGCAGAAGGAAUUAUACUUGAUUUUUCCCUAAGAAAAGAAGGUAUAAUGUUCAGCUUCAAAACUCCAGCAUUGUCACUGACUCUCUAUUCUUAACUGACAUACUGCCACGAAGUUGUUUUUGAGUUCAUGAAAAGUUUCAACAGCAUUAGACAUUUUUUUUUAAUGUUUUGUUUUUUAAGUACCUUUUAUAGCAUUUUAUUUACUUCCUAAAGAUUCAGGGAAUCUGAAUUUUAGAUUCUGUGACCCUGAAUUUUAGAAACAUCUGGUCUACCUCAGUUAGAUGUUGGCUGCAUAGAGAUAGAGCUGAAGUGAUCACCACAGCCAUAAAACUGAUUGACUAAGAAGGAUUUAUACAAUGUUUACAAACCUGGAAUCAAGUAUGGAUUUUAUCUGAAAGUUAAAAGUUAGAUAUUAGAGAAAGUAUUUAAUUCAGGUAUUUUCAAGUUUUAAAACUUCACUUGUUUACCUACUAAAAAUAGUUCUAGUUUUUCUGCUUAGGAAAGUCCAUUAAAAUGAUAUACCCUAAUUUGCAGUGCUUUUCUCAUAAAGUUUUGGGUGUGAAAGAAUUGUAAUUUACUAGAUAUGUUUGGGAUGGGAUAUUUUGUUGGGUAGGUUUUCCUUUUUCUUUUUAACGUUUAACAAGAGUACAGUUGUUUCAGAACAAAUUUUUUUAACAUUAUACUUUUCCCUUUCUCUUCACAGUGUUUAGAGAGUAAAAUGAAAAACUGUGCACUCUGUGAUUUUAACUUCUCUAAUAUACUCUUGAGAUUUUUGCUUUAAUUUAAAUUGCCAUCACAUGGCCCUUUCAUUAGUAAAACCAGCAUUUGUUCCCUCACCAAACCCCAUGCCAAAUUCAUCAUAAAGAAAGCUCAGCAUCCAUAAUUCUAGUAGUGCUUAUCAAUUUAGAGGAGGGGGCAUUUAGUAAAUAUCCCAACUGGUCAUUUUAUGCACAAGGCUUCAGUCAGAACAUAGAAAAAAAAACAUUCUGUGAAUGAAAUAUUGUAUGUUCAGAUUUUAUAAAAGACAUUUUUAAAAGCCCAAUUUACAGCCGUAUAUUUUCUUAUGAUGUAAUUUAUGAAAAAGAUGUCUGUACUAACAGGUGCUGUAACACUACUGUUGUUGGAUUUUAUUGUUUGGUGAUAAAUGUAUACAAUAUUUCUAAGGGAAACUAUGUACUGUGAUGUAAAAGUCUGGGCAAAAUGUAUAUAAUCCUUGUAUAUAGUUGUGUAUUUGAUUAUAAUUACUGAUUGUAAAGAUUUAAUAAAAUAUGUAAAUAUC